UACUUAAUACGUCAAGGCACUAUAGUCUUCAGUGUUCUAUUCUUAGUACGUACAGCCAACUACACAUUUGGCUCAUUUCUAGUUUAACUAGUUGAAUCAUAAUUCAUACAAUGGAACAGCUGCCAAAGGAGGAAACUAUCGCCUUACGAGAGAAGCUGAUUGGCCCUUCCUGUCAACUGUUUUUCCGCAAAGACCCGCUGAAAAUUGUCAGAGGCAAAGCCCAAUAUCUGUAUGAUGAGAAGAGCAACGCCUAUUUGGACUGCAUCAAUAAUGUGGCUCAUGUCGGUCACUGCCAUCCAGCUGUUGUUCAAGCCGGAUGCGAUCAGAUGGCGGUUCUAAACACCAACAAUCGCUUUUUGCAUGACAACAUCGUGGUGUGCGCUCAGAAGAUCGUCAGCACUCUACCAGAUAAGCUGGAGGUGUGCUUCUUCGUCAACUCCGGCUCAGAAGCCAACGACCUGGCGCUGAGACUGGCGCAGAUCCAUACCGGGCACAGGGACGUGAUCACCUUGGAACAUGCGUACCAUGGCCAUUUGACUUCUUUGAUUGAUAUUUCCCACUACAAGUUUAACCUCCCUGGAGGCGUUGGACAGAAGAAACAUGUCCAUUUGGCAGCAUGCCCUGAUAGUUACAGAGGAAGAUAUCGCGACAACGAGUACAGCAUGGAUGAAAUUGGCACGAUGUAUGCGAACGAAGUGGGCGAUCUGUGCGAAAAAUCCACCCAGAACGGGGCCGGAGUCUCGGCCUUUAUUGCCGAAAGCCUGCUAAGCUGCGGAGGCCAAGUGAUUCCUCCCAAGAACUACUUUAGCCGAGUUUACGAGCACGUGAGACGCGCUGGGGGCGUGUGCAUAGCGGACGAGGUCCAAGUUGGGUUCGGCCGCAUAGGGAAACAUUGGUGGGCUUUCCAGAACUACAACGUCCAGCCCGAUAUUGUUACAAUGGGCAAACCCAUGGGAAACGGUCAUCCUGUCGCUUGCGUUGUCACUACCAGAGAAAUCGCCGACAGCUUUUUCAACACUGGAGUUGAAUACUUCAACACUUAUGGUGGAAACCCGGUUUCUUGUGCAAUUGCCAACGCAGUCUUCGACACAAUAGAGAACGACAACCUGAUGGAACAAGCCCUGAUUGUGGGCGAGUAUCUGCUGGACAGUUGCCAGACGUUGGCAAAAAAACACAAGCAGAUUGGUGAUGUGCGAGGAGUUGGUCUGUUUGUUGGAAUCGACUUGGUGGAGGAUCGCGACACGAGGAAAGCCAACAAAGAGUGCGCUCAAAUAGUCGUGCAAAGAAUGAGAGAAGAACGGAUUUUGGUCAGCGCCGAUGGUCCAGAAUGUAACGUGAUCAAGUUCAAGCCGCCGAUGGUUUUCACCAAGGAAAAUGUGGAUGAAGUGGUUGCCACGCUGGAUCGCGUUCUCACUGAAGUGAAGCACAAGGAGAGAUUAGACGCAAAAAUCAAGAGUUUGCAAAACCUCGUUCCGGCCAUCAUCGAGGAGCAUUCCAACAAGGGCCAGCGGCCAGUCAGGCCCAUUUACAAGGAAAACAUCAAGUCCAUAUAAAAACGUAUUAUUCGCGCGUAAUGUACAGUUAGGAAAUAAGGCACUUAUUUAUUUAUUCUUACCUGGGGAUAUUGCUCAUUUACCUACUUAUAUUAAGUAAACGUGGAUUUUUUUAUUGGAAGGUAUAUUCGAGAAUCGUGCUUUCAAGAGCUGCUCUCCACAAUAUUUGUAAUACUAAUAGGAAAAUAAACUGCGACAAUAAAAAUCAUUUAUUUAGAAAA